CACUUCAUAAGACCGUUACUUUGUGAGUGGACCGUUGACUCUGUCAAUCAAGUCAAGGUUGGAAAUAAAUGGGGUCAUUUCAGUCCAGCAGAUUGUUCAGAUCACACGCGGUAGUUUAAGCGAAAGUGAAUUCAUUAUGGCAGGCAGGUUUUUACUCCGUACCUGUACAACCUUGCAAUUGGCAAGAAACAAUGUUGUGGCAAGAUCACUGCCACGCACUAUGACCACAUUAAAAGGGAUUCCAACCGAUGAGGAACAGGCUACUGGACUCGAGCGACGUGCCUUGCAGGCACUGAAGAAAGGAAAGGAUCCUUGGAGCAUUCUGAAACCCAAGGAGUAUGCUGGAACCAAAGAAGACCCUCACAUUGUCCCAGGCAUUAGUGACAAACGGCUGGUAGGCUGUCUGUGUGAAGAGGACAACACUGCCAUUGUGUGGUUUUGGCUCCAUGAGGGGAAGCCCCAGCGCUGUCCCGAAUGUGGGUCCCACUAUCAGUUUGUCCGUCAUGAGCUGCCCCACUGAAACAGCCACCAAGCUCCUUGCCACUGGACCAGGAUAACCUGCCUCAUUAACUCACCCUCUACCCUGAACAAUGUGUGCAUUUCAGCUGAUUAAUAUGUAGAUUAACAUUAAAAUACUGUCAAUUUGAA